CAGGCGUCGUGGGCUCGUCGCCGUCGCCGGGCUCGGUCGCCCGUGCCUCUUCUGCUAGGCGGCCGGCCGGCGGGCCUGCGGCUUUCCCUCGCGCCGCUGCGGGCCGCGGGCCGGGGUCAUGUCCCGAAAGCAGGUGGCGAGGAGCCGGCCGGGCAGUGGCAGCCGGAAAGCCGAGGCCGAGCGCAAGCGGGACGAGCGGGCGGCGCGCCGGGCCCUGGCCAAGGAGCGGCGGAACCGGCCGGAGCCCGGCGGCGGCGGCGGCUGCGAGGAGGAGUUCGUCAGCUUCGCCAACCAGCUGCAGGCCCUGGGGCUGAAGCUGCGGGAGGUGCCGGGGGACGGCAAUUGCCUGUUCAGAGCCCUUGGUGAUCAGUUGGAGGGACAUUCACGAAAUCAUCUCAAGCACCGACAAGAGACUGUGGACUAUAUGAUAAAGCAGCGGGAAGAUUUUGAACCCUUUGUUGAAGAUGACAUUCCUUUUGAGAAGCAUGUGGCCAGUUUGGCAAAGCCUGGUACUUUUGCCGGCAAUGAUGCAAUUGUAGCCUUUGCAAGAAAUCAUCAGUUGAAUGUGGUGAUUCAUCAACUAAAUGCCCCCCUGUGGCAGAUUCGGGGUACAGACAAAAGCAGCGUGAGGGAGUUGCACAUUGCCUAUCGGUAUGGAGAGCACUAUGACAGCGUUCGGAGGAUCAAUGACAACUCGGAGGCGCCAGCACGUCUCCAGACGGAUUUUCAAAUGAUUCACCAAGAUGAGUCAAAUAAAAGAGAAAAGAUCAAGACAAAGGGAGUCGACUUUGAAGAUGACCUGAAAGAUGAAGUAGAAGAUGCUGUCCAGAAAGUUUGUAAUGCAACUGGAUGUUCAGAUUUUGACUUAAUAGUCCAGAACCUGGAAGCUGAAAAUUAUAAUAUUGAAUCUGCAAUAAUUGCCAUGCUUCAGAUGAACCAGGGAAAAAGAAACAAUGCAGAGGAGAUUCUUGAGCCCAGUGGCCAAGUACCGAAGCAGUGUGGCCCUUUAUGGGAGGAGGGUGGCAGCGGUACCAGAAUCUUUGGAAAUCAGGAUUUAAACGAAGACAGGACUGAAAACAACAAGACCCGGGCCAGCCCUAGUGAAGAAAACAAGGCAAACAAAAACCAGCUUCCAAAGGUCACAAACAAACAGCGCAGGGAACAGCAACGACUGGAGAAGAAGCGGCGACAGGAGGAAAGGCACCGUCACAAAGCCCUGCAGAACAGGAGUGGCCACAGGGACAACAACAGAAGUGAAGCAGAUGUGAACACACAGGUCACCUUGGUGAAGACCUUCGCUGCUCUCAACAUCUGACUGGCCUCCUGGGAGCCGUAGGAAGAAGGACCAUGGAGUGCCGCACAGGCCCUUGCAGGGAGGCACCCAGCACACCCACUCAGUCACACGCCGAAUUAGUUCCCUUCAAGCCGCCUCUUGUUCAGAUUUGUCAGUGCUGUGUUUUGUUUUAUAAAAGUGCAGUGAGGCCAUUCAUAUUCUGUAAUACACACUUAAAAUACUGCGUUACGGGGGUGGAUAGUUAGGUCAGGAAAAACCUUUUCUGUGUGGCUUUUUUUGCCCUGAAGAAAACAGUUCAGUGACCCUAGGAUCUUCCUUUAGUACUUAGGGUAAGUUCAUGAAGUAGUUUAACUGUUACAAAUUCAGAAUGACAGGUUUCUUCAUUUCUCUCAUUUUCAAACAGAUACCUACAUGUAGAGUGUUUAUGAAUGAUCUCCGACUCAGGAACAUAUUUAGAUUUAAUUUUCUCCCUAUCUUAUUUACUCAGAACAAUUCAGGAAGUGUUUUCCCAAAGUAAUGUGACAUGAGGUGUGGCCUGCAGAGUCGGGGGGCUGCACAGCUGCGCCUCUCCUUCCUGACUGACGGCCUCGCAGGUGCGCAGGUGCUGUGGGCUUGGUGGCACUCAGGCCAUAACCUGGGCACCUGCCUGGUAGAGAGUGAGGCCUGAGUCUCCUGGGAGGUCAUUCCUGGUGUUGAGUCUUGGUAUUUGUUUUUGACAGCGGGAAGGAUGGUGUGUUACUGCUAUGAGAGAGUUCUGCAAUCCAGGUGGUCCAUAGAGCAGGUUCCCUAGCGUAAAACAGGAAGCUCCUGGGUUUCUGUCUAGGAAGAAUCGAAAGAAUGAUUUUUUUCUAGAGCAGAAGUCUGGGUGACUGUCUCUUAAGGUUCGUUGUGUUCACUUUUUAAGCAACUCUUUUCUUUCCUAGUGUUCUAGACUUAGAAAGAUGCCUUUAGAGAAAUAAAUGGUAACUUGACCUUAUAGGUUGCAAAAUUUUCUUAGUAUUGUGGCAAUGGAAUCCCAUAAAAAGUAGCACUUAUUUCUUGUUAUUUCAACCCAUUUUGGGAUUUGGAGGGGGAGUACCUCCUCUGCCAGCUGUCAGUGACUUAGGGUAAACAGGCAGGGUGGAGUGCUUCUCUUGGCUGAGACCUUCAAGUGACUCACAGUUCUGAAGCGCCAUCAGGGGACAGGUGGGCAUUCUGAAACGGUCCUGUGUGCAGCAGACGUGAGUCUUUGCCUUCUGGGAGCCUUGUAUUUGGGCAAGUAACAUAUGCUGAGCCAAAAGGAAGGCAAAUUCUUGGUUAUCUGUUGCAACCCUCAGAUCUCAGUUGUAGGCACCUAGAGGUAGAAUGAAAACCGUAAGCAGUUUUAGUGUGUGCAGACAUGUCGCUGUCAGAGUGGGCCCUGGACCUGUGGAAUUGUCUUUAUCAGUAGGCUUUUUGCUUUCUUUGUUUCAGUGAUGCCUUUUAAUUUUUGUUUGUUUGAUUUGGGGACUUUAUGUAGUUGGAACAUCAGAAGUCUCCUGGAGUUGUGCCCAGGACAUCGUGGAUUGGACUUCUUCCUGGGUACAGUACAUUGCAAUAUUGUGCAGAUUUAAAGACUGCAUAGCACUUUUUCUCUGCUCAUCACAGUCCUGGGUUGAGAAUCGAGCACUAAGUUGCAACACGGGAAGGCUCUCUGUUGCCUUUUCUCACUGGGGUGCAAUCUGGUGCUUGAGGACAGAUUGUUCUCUUGGCUUUCACCUCUGGGCAGAUUCCUGGCUGAGCUUUUUUGAAAGAAUGUUCUUUCCUAUCUGCUCUGUACUGUGUGAGUGCAGAGAACAGAUCCCCUCAGAAGGAUCAGCUUUACCAGAAACUCAGAAUUCAAAGUAGAAAUACCUUGUGGAGACCGUUGUUGUCAUUAGUCAGACUGCUUCAUUUUCUUGGUUAAUGAAGGUGGCCUUGGCCCUAUUGAGUUUUAAGGUUUUAGAAGCUGCUGAAAGGUUUUAUUAAAGAAUAUUGGGAACAUUUAUUUAUAAAUUACUUAAUUCCGAUAACAGACUUCAGCAGUUCUGGGUCACAAUAGCACUGGUUUUAUAAACUAACCAAAUGGCUUUAGUAGUUUUCGUUUGUUACCGUUGUAGAACUUUUCAGUUAAAAUUGGUCUGUGCUUAGUGUGUUAAUGAUUAGAAAGGGUAUGGUGCCCAACUUCAAAGGUGUCUUCUAGUGGAAGGUUGAAUUUAGACCCCUGCCUUGGUCUCCUUGGAGUGAGAGGCGGGUAGAGUCCUCAGACUUAGUUGCCUUGCUGGGCACUUGUUCUUUACUUUGUUUGCAGCCACAGUGGAGGCAGUGUGUCCAGUCUGAGGUGAUGAUCGUCAGCAGCUGGUCCCCCAGGGCAGUUAGUCACGGAGCUCAGUAUGGGACUGAACCUGUCUCAGCCUCUGGGGUACGACUCAGCUACACAAGGUUAGGUCCCGGUAGCCUGUGGAGGGCCAGGAGAAGGGGGUGGAGCAGCAUUUCAUAGCUGCUUUCUGGCCUUAUAGACUAUAUAUAAAGGUUUCAUGGAUUUUUUUUUAAACAUCAAAACAAGAAAAAAAUUUCAGUAGCCAAAGCUUUGAACUAGGGAGUUAGAUGUAUUAAAACAACAUAGACCGUGACUUCUAAAUAGUACAGUUGUCACCAGGAGGUAUUAGAAAGAUAGAAUGUCUAUGUAUUUACUUUUUCAGUAAUAAGAACAUACACCUUCAGGAGUAAAGUGUGUUUGAGGAAUUGUGGCAGAAAGAGGAAUCUUAAAUGUUGAUUGAACUCGUUUAUAGGUUUUUUUUUAAAAUAAGCUCUGAAGACAUCUCCAAUUCCAUUUUGAUUGUGAGGACUGUGAAAUGGGGUCUCCCUUCGGGGGCAGCUUGAACUGGGCUCAGUGAACCUUUAUACAGGUCGUGGACAGCCCGCUCUGCUUCCCUGGGGAACUCGUACAACGUGACGUAUGUGCUGGGCCGGGAGGAGGGCUGCGUGAGGAUGGGGGAGAGUCACUUGCAUGUCUUAUGGUCAUUUCAGGGGGACUUCAGUGUAGUGGGUCACACUCGUAGUGAGUCCCUGUAGUCACUGUGCAGUUUCUCGCAUUCUGAGAAGCUCUUCAGAGUCUGCCCGGGUUUUACUGGGUCAACAUGGACACCCUCAGUUUACCUCCGUGAAGUGUUCAGAUGAUGAGAGGAAACUUGAAUCCCUAGUCAGAACUGGCGAGAGUCACCCUGACUGGAGAAGAAGCUCUUUGUGGCAGAAGAGUGCAGCUUCUUGAUCGAGCGUGUCACCUCUGUGCCCUCCCCGACUCCCCUGUUGCGUAGACACGGCUCUUCAGCUCUUUACCUCAGCCUGUGUCACACCUGUAGACUCAGGGCUGAUGCAGCGUUCCUGCCAUUCCCGGUACUCAUGGUUUGCUCGUCUCCGCUCACAGGUCAGGUGGGCUGAAACUGGCCUUCAGCAGGUGUUCAGAGCUGACUUAAUAAUGGCACUUUUUCCCAAGGUGUUUUCCCUGACUGUAGCAGAUUGUGUUUUUCCACUGACAUCCUUGAAUUGAAGAUCUAGAUGCAUGUACUUAAGUUUUAAUAAAUCUGCCCCUACACGUCAGAAAAAGUAAAACUGAUCAUUUCUCACACGUGGAGAUGAUACCAAUCCUCUGUGGCCACGUGUGUGGACAGUGUGUGACUUGCUGUGCCACUGAGGCUGGACCACAGGAAGAGCUGUGCCUUGUGGGUGGCCUGACCCUCUUCUGUCCCAGGUAAACUUCGCUUUCAAAACCUCAGGCUCUUAAUGAGUUCUUCCAAGUGAUUCUUUCUAGAGUCUCUAUUUAACUCUCCUCAUUGUGACUGCUUUGCAGCCCAAGUGAAAUGUUGACUGUCUUCUCAAAGGUACGGAGGAGGGGGCGAGUGCCAGUGUGCAGCAUGGCUGCAUAAGCAUACUCGAGAUUCAGAGCUUCUGCUUGCUGUGCUGCUUGUCACAGAAGGUCCUGAUCACUGGAGGAAACCUCUGAGGUCUGGCUCUGACCCUUUGCUUGUUGGCAUCCAGCCGGUCCCUGUUGCCAGCCAUCCAUGACAAUCAUUGGCGCUCAGUCACAGAUCUUUGCCUGUGGUUCGAUUCCCUGGCAGGUCUUUCAGCUGAGACUUGGGCCACACUGGUGUGGGGCUCCUUGUGUCUUCCCAUUCUUGGGCUCGUUUUCCAUGGGGCUUCCCUCCCAGCAGCUUUCACUAGCACUGAGCCCCGAGGAAGGGGAGGAGAGCCAGGAGUCAGACUUGGCACCCGUGUUGCCCUUCCUGGUGUCCAAGUGCUGGUGUGCGUCAGACCCUAGGACGGAGGGCGAGGAGUCUGGGUGGGCCUUCUCUUUUUCCCAAUUGCACUCUUCUUGUUCUAGCUUCGGUCUGGAGAUAUUGAAGACCUCCGUGGGGUCACAAUCCAUAGACUUAGCAAGUCUGCCUUAUCUCUGGAGCUCGGGGGUGAGAAAUGUGACCUUACUCAUGUCCAUAGUUCAUUUCCCCUAGGCUUUUUCUUUUCACAGAUUGUGUUCAUCUGAACCAUUUAUUUUUUAUUUUCCAAAGUACUGUACUUGGCUAUUUGCAGUGUUUUCAAAACCAAAUGUUUCUUUUUUUGUUUUUAAUCUUCAAUACUUGGUGCAAUAGAAGCUGCAAAGAUGUGCCACUUAUCUAUGAAAUGGAGUUUUGUAUACCAGUAAAUUCUAGUU